AUGAGCAGUGCUGAGCCCAACCCAAAAUUUGCAAGGCUGCUGUGUGGCUUCUUGUGUGUGCUGACCACACACACUUUGGCUUCCACGAAGGAUGCCGAGUUUUGUGAUGAUGCUGCAACAGAGUGCUUGAGCAAGAAUGUCACAUGGGACCAGGCAGUUUUGAUGCAAAGCAGAGUUAAGCGUGUGGCUCCUGCAAAGCUUGCAGAACUGGAGGCAGGCAGUGUGAUGGGAAAUGUCGGCGUGGCGGCGGCUUCCUCCAAAGUGACAGUAUACCGCAACGAAUCGCAGGUAAGCUUCACCAACGAGACAUCGCUGGCGGGGCUAUACUGCUACGAUGCUUACAGUGGCAGCACUGCCGCCUAUGCCACACAUCAAAAUGUCGCAAGCCGAGAGGUGUGCCAGCAGAUCUGCGCGGCAGAUGCGCGCUGCAACUUUUACGGUUGGCAUGGCAGCUCUGUCGCUUUGGAGGCCCCAAGCCGGUGCUACAACUGCGCCUUGUACCAGAGCUGUGAGUUCCAGCGCGAAUCGGUGUGCGAGGACAUCACUCCACCCUCCAACUUCCGGAAGACUCCCGCCGACACGUCUGCUCACAGAGUCGAGAAGGACUUUAACGCCGACUUCCGGCUCAACGGCCAGUUCUGCCAACGGAGCCAGAUCUUUGCUGCGCAGGUCGCCAACGAGAGCGUCUGCCGCAGCUACUGCGAAAGCAUUGAGGACUGCAAGGUCAUGGCCUUCUACAGGGACAGCCAGGUGCGCGAGGAUGCGGCGCCUGAUUCUUGCGACCAGAACUGCCGGCUCUACUCGGAGUGCGACAGCCCCGUGCCUUCCCUAUGCUUCCACCCUCCCGUCCUGUGGACGGUUGAGACUCUGACCAGCACCACGACACCUUCGGCCCUCAUGAACUCAGCGGGUGCCUGGACCGAGCUGUCUCUGGGCAAUCAUCCAACUGCACAGGAAGCAGCCACGCUCACAACAGGUCCCGGGGGCAAGCUCUACCACUUCGGUGGGCGCACCGAAGUUCAGCAGGUCAACACAUUGCACACCUUUGAAAAGACGGCUUCCGGCUGGCAGCUUGUUCUUGUCAGUGGUUUGACAACUUUACCCUCCGCGAGGUUUUUUCACACUGCUGUGCAUGACAGAUCGGCUGACACCGUAUUGAUCUAUGGCGGUACCAGUAAUAACCUCCCGUUUUGGCGCAAAGAUCUCUGGGCACUCGAUGGGUCUCUGAGCUUUCAAUAUGUCUCUGAUGGCCCAUUCAGGUGGGCCCAUUCGGCGGCGUGGGCUGGGCCAAGAGAUGGCAGCUCUGCAGGUCCCAUGUUGGUGUUUGGAGGCCGCAACGAUGCCUACGCAACCCUGGGUGAGCUUUGGGAGGUUGUCUCAGGCACGUGGUCACAAGUUAAUGCUGGGAAUGGCCCGGCAGCCAGAGCCUACCACACAUCCGUUUUCGCUGAGAGCUUGGGCCAAAACGGCCUCAUGCUUGUCUUCGGAGGUGGCGGGCAUGAUGACUUGUGGGCCUACGACCACGGUGUCAGGUCUUGGUCACAGCUCUCAGCAGGACCAGCCGGGAUAGGCAGAGCUCUGGCGUCGGCGGUGUGGAACCCCACCCAGCAAGCAAUGCUGGUCUGCGGCGGCAAAGAUAGCUCCUACGCAUCCUCUUACGCCGGUCCCGACCUCCUCCUCGAGUGGCGCAGCUCUGCCGGGUUUCGCAAUGCGACGCCGGUCGGAUCGGUGCCCUCGAACCGGACGACCCCCGCUGCUGCGUGGGCGGACGGGGCGCAGGCCAUGAUCAUCGUUGGCGGCACCGACGACCAAGGCGCCGUCAUGGAUGACAUCUGGGUGUACGAACCCUGA